AAUUUGUAAUAGUGUGAUCGUGCUGGUAUAACAUUCAGAAAGUGAAGGAAUACAACCCUUCCUCUUUUAUGCUUGUGAAGUGGACACGGACACCCGUUUGGCUGAUACCGGAGCUAGAGAGCUCAAGGAAAGCAAACAAGCGAAGUCGGGUAGGAGCCAGUACCACCAAAGUGGGUGCAUAAGGUUUGUGCUGCCCGAGUGGUGGAAGGGACAUCUUGCAGAUGUGGGCUGCACCUGUAGUCUUAGGACUCAGGAAAUCAGGAAUUUAGAACUUAGAAUCGGGGAAUGAUUCCAGCAGAAGGUUCCUCUAAAGUCACAUCUCUGGUUGCCAGGAGUCCACACUGGGUAGUUGCAGUCCUGUAACUGCAGCACAGUAUUUUUGAGGGCUUUUAGAAGCUAAAAAUGUCACAAAAAAAAAUACCGUGCAGUGCUGUUGUGUUGCACCUAGAAGAGGGGGAGGAGGUCUCAUAUUUUCCCUUUAUUUUUUUUCUAACAUCUUUGGCCUAAGAAUAAGUCGGUCAUUGCUGAGUUUUUUAAAGCUGAGGUGGGCUCUUUCUCUCUGGUUUUGAGCAGGCUAGAAGCCAAACAUUUGCAUAAUAAGCUACACUGCUGAACUAAUUUGGCAAAUAAUACAGAAUUUGGCUCAUCUUGAGCUGUUUAUUAAUAAACUAAUUAAAUUUGCUAGCAGCUUAUUUCUUGGUCCCGUGCUCUGAUCCACUUGCACUCAGGGCGGCUUGGCGCUGUCACCAUGGAUCGCUCCCGGCACCACGCGGGGACCGGGAACAGCAACGAGGCGGCGUCUUCCCGGGAGCAGAGCUAUGGAGAGGACGAGAGGCAGCGGCAGCUGGAGCGGCUCGGCCGCGAGGAGGCCUAUUACCAGUUCAUUAACGAGCUCAACGAGGAAGACUACAGGUUAAUGAGGGACCGCAAUCUGCUCGGCACUCCUGGAGAAAUCACAGCAGAGGAGCUGCAGCAGCGUUUGGAGGGGGCCAAGGAGCGUCUUGCGUCACAGUCUGAUCCUGAGAGCAGAGACAGUGAAGGCAGAACCGCUGGAGAUUCGGAUGUCCUCGGRGAGAGCUCAAAUGGGGACUCGUUGCUGGAGUGGCUGAACACGUUUCGCCGCACGGGAAAUGCCACCCGCAGCGGCCAGAGCGGGAACCAGACCUGGAGAGCCGUGAGCCGGACGAAUCCCAACAGCGGCGAGUUCCGAUUCAGCCUGGAAAUCAACAUCAAUCACGAACAUAACAACUUUGAAACGGCUGGCGAGGAGUACGUGGGUAUAGACAGCAGCAGGAUGUAUUUGGAAAGAAGCCAUCAGAGAGCUGUCAGUCCAGUGACCACGCGGACCAGGAGCAGGACCUCGAGGGAGGCCAGCGGUGACGCGCCGAGCCCUGCGAGGAGCAGGUCUCUGCGAAGCUCAGCGGCGCGGAGCGAAGYGGCCUCUGCCCCGCUCUCGGGGAGGCUGCGGAGCAGAACGAGGGAGCUGCCAGGCCUUGGCAGAGCAGCCUCCGCACGUCGCAGCUCUCCAGCCGCCGGGGAACCAAGAGAAAGGCCAGGAGGGGGCCCCUCCGCAGCAGCCCCGCGAGGCAGGGCCAGGGGCAGCGCUCGUGCCGAUGCCCCCCAGAGGCUGGAGAUCCUACGGCUGAGGUCCACGCUGAGCAGCCGGAGCCGCUCCCCGCUGCGGAGGCAGCAGGAGGCCGCCGGCCCCCAGGAGCGCGGGCAGGGCCGUGAGAGAGGUGCCCAGGGCCAGAGCGGCCGGGGCAGGCGCCCGGCGCCACAGCCGCCUGCCCAGGCUGCCCAGGAGCCGGCCCGCGGCGAUGCGCCGGCCGCUCCGCCGGCCCCGGGCGCGCCUCUGGACGAGGAGGAGUCCGGCAGGCCCGUAGCUGCCGUGAGGAGGCACCCAACAAUUACCUUAGACCUUCAGGUGAGGAGGAUUCGCCCCGGAGAGAACCGAGAUCGGGACAGUAUCGCCAGCAGAACCCGCUCCAGAGUGGGAAUGGCAGAGAACACGGUUACUUUCGAGAGCGACAGCGGCGGCUUUCGCCGUACGAUAUCGCGGUCGGAGCGCGCGGGCAUUCGAACCUACGUCAGCACCAUCCGGAUACCCCUGCGUCGCAUCUCRGAGACCGGCCUCGGGGAGCCCUCCUCGGUGGCUCUCCGCUCCAUCCUCCGGCAGAUCAUGACGGGCUUUGGAGAGCUGAGCUCUUUAAUGGAGACGGAAUCCAACUCGGAAGCGCCAAGAGGAGGUCCUCGCUUGCCCGACGUGCGCUCGGAGCAGCGCGACUCCAAUUCCGCCRACAGCAGCCGGGAGCCGAGCGGGGUUCCCGCCGGGAACGCGCGCGGCCGGAGCGCCGACACGCCCCAGCGCGGGCGCAGGAGCCACGGGCAGGAGCCGAGGCAGGCCCAGGAUGCCAACAGCCUCGUGGAGAGCGGCACGCUGCCCAUCCUGCGCCUGGCCCACUUCUUCCUGCUGAACGAGGAGGACGAGGACGAGCGCCUCCGAGGCCUCACCAAAGAGCAGAUCGACAAUCUCUCCACCCGGAACUAUGGGGACGUGAGCGCCGAGAGCGAACUAAGCAAAACGUGCAGCGUUUGCAUUAAUGAAUAUAUAGCAGGAAAUAAGCUGAGGCAGUUACCGUGCAUGCAUGAGUUCCAUAUUCACUGUAUUGACCGCUGGCUUUCCGAAAAUUCCACGUGCCCCAUUUGUCGGCAGCCCGUGCUGGGCUCUAACGCCACAGACAACGGCUAGCAUUCCUUGCACUGCUCAGUAUUCAAGGAUUUCCUUCUGCUCUACUUGUGACGAGCCAAAUAAAGAGAGUUCACUUGCAUAGGGGUUCAGUUGUGGGGGGAUUUUUUGUUAAUUCUUCAAAAAUAAUAGAAGACUUGUCUAAAUCUAGCGAUGUAAAUACUAUUUUUCUCCAAGCGCAGAUCUAGGAGUACACGUAGAACCAAAUGAUAUCAGUAAAGUUUCUAUUUUUUUAGAUAAUUUUGUUAUGCUAAGCACUUUUGUAAAUACAGAAAUGCAAUAGUUAAUCAGUCAUGCUUAAUGUAUUUUUUUUGUUUUUUUGUUUUUUGUUUUUCUAACAGUGUAAUGGACUCACUUUAUUUAGAUUACGAAUUGUUUCACACAGACUCACCACUGUGCUGAAAGAUUAGUGUCUAAAUAGCCAUUCAUUAGCUUUUUGUUCUGAGAACAAUUUCUUUUACAGAGAGUCUCUUGCUGGACAUGUUUGCUAAAGAUAUUUAAGUUACUUGAAGUGCUCAUUUUAAUAUACAGUAUAUUUUUUUUUAACAUUGAUUGAAAUAUCCUUUCCAAAAACUUGCCAACUUGGUUCUAUUUAAAAAUUUUUAUGGCAAUUUUUUGCAUGUGGUUUUACACAAUGCCUAAUGCUGAYGGAUUCAUACUCAAAAGUGGAUGGGUUGGUGACCUUAUAAAAUGUACAUAAUUUAAUGCUGUCUCUGACAAUCGCUGCCUUUUCAAUGCAGGCAGCAACCAAAUCAAUGGUAAUUCCAGAAGAUGUGUCUUGCUGAACAGAGAUACUUGUUCUAAGAAAGAAAAUAAGCAUUGAAGAAGCCUUCUGACUUUUCCAAACUACUCAAUUGAUUUUCAUGGUUUUUUUAACUGCCUUAGUUUGAAGAAGGAAAUAAUUCCUUGACCAUUAUAUUGUCUACAAUAUGCAUGAUUUGUGCAUCUUACUCAGAAACAAAGCAAAAGCUUAAAGUGUUUUUGUACAGAAAUCUGCCAGGUACAUAUAUAACAUUCGUCCUCUCAAACAUGUCUGAGGACCAAAUGGCAAAAGCCACUCGAAAGGACAAAGAGAACUUCAUUUCAACUCCCCAGAUU